CUUUCCCACAACAACGGCACAGCAACGAGAUCCUCCGCUCGCUCCACUUUGUCUCUUCUGACCUUCACUCAUCUCUCGCCUGAGCCUAAAGCGCAGCAGAGGCAUGCAACACAUUCGCUUCGAUACCCCGAAUUAAACCAUCGUAGUCGUCGCGUCGCAUCGCAUCUGUUUCGUUCUUGGUGUUUUCGAUCCGACCGGUUUUCUUGUCUCUUCUCUCGUUUUCAAGUUUGGUUCUUUAGCCGCUAGGUCGAAGAAAGGGGGCGCCGACGAGCCAACGGUCAAGGACGAGACAUUUGCUACCCGACCAAGCGAAACACUCCCCUUUUUACGCAGUAAAGGGUUGUGAUUGCAUUCCGAUCGAAGUUUGAGCCCCUUGUAGUUGGGGAUAUCUCCUAAUAUUCGCCCUCGAACCCCGACGACGAUUGAAAGGUUAGGUCAGCGACUAAUUAUCGCGCCGAGGGGUUUGGACGACUCGACGACAUCGAUACGACGACAUAAACGAUCUUCUCGACGACAAUCGCUCUGCCACUCGUUAUCGCAAUAUUCGAUUCACCGUUCCCCGCACUCUCACUCACUUUUGGAUCUACGUAAUUCCUGCAACAACAACCGUGCAGUGAUCUCUACUCGCCCAUCAUGUCUGGCUUCGGCGACUUCACCUCGAUCUGUGAGACGGCACCUCUGCCACUAUGCGCUUCCGUUGGACCUACACUCCAAGCCACCGGCCGUACCGGUAUUGAGCCAGAAUGCUAUGCACGCAAUAUCGAACUUGCCAACACCAUCAUUUUCGAAGGCGCUGCGUCGGUGAUGCACAUUGUUGCGCUCAUUAUGACCGUCAUCAUGAUUCUCCACGUCCGUAGCAAGUUCACCGCUGUUGGUCGCAAGGAGAUUCUCAGCUUCUUCUACCUCUAUAUGCUUCUCACUGCUAUGUCUCUCAUUAUCGACGCUGGUGUUGCACCUCCGGGAAGCGACCCUUAUCCGUACUUUGUCAGUGUGCAGAAUGGACUUAGCAGUGCAGUUAUCACAUGUCUUUUGAUCAAUGGCUUUGUUGGAUUCCAACUGUAUGAAGAUGGAACACCUCUGUCAGUAUGGAUGAUGCGCAUCAGUUCUCUGGCUGCUUUCGCCAUCAGCUUCCUCGUUUCUCUCGCAACUUUCAAGAGCUGGGCUGGACUUGGACCUACCAACACCGUUGGACUGUUCGUUGUUCUCUAUCUCUUGAAUGCCGUCCAGCUUUUCGUGUACGUGGCCAUGCAAAUUCUGCUUGUGACUAGGACACUGCAGGACCGAUGGCCUCUCGGCGAUAUUGCGUUUGGUAUCUUCUUUUUUGUGGCUGGUCAGGUCCUUCUCUACGCUUUCAGCUCGAAGAUCUGUAUCGCUAUCAGCCAUUAUCUUGACGGCCUGUUCCUCGCGACAGUUUGCAAUUUGCUGGGCGUUAUGAUGGUUUACAAGUACUGGGAUUCGAUCACCAAGGAAGAUCUUGAGUUUUCAGUUGGCACAAGGAUGAACAACUGGGAGGUCAAGGAGCUGCUGCCAGAGGAAGACCGAAGGGCGACUGUCUUUUCGGAGGAUCCCUAUGCUCAAUCCAGCUCCUAUGAUCUGCCUUACUCGCCAGGCGUGGCACGAUACUCGGCCAAGUACUAAACGCUCUGACCACCAGAACAACUUUGACGCCAUUAACGAGACUUCAUUUUCUUCUGUUUUGAUUCAGCGCGUGGCGCGCAGUUCAUGGCGCUAUUGUAAAGCGACACGAAACAUUGGGCUGUUUUGCUUUUAGAAUCUUUACAUUGCGCGGCGUUUUUAAUGGACUGUAUAGGGGUGACCAGCCUGGAUGGCCACAACUGGGGAUAACGAAACCCGACGGGCAAAUGGAAGGCCUAGGGGAAGCAAGAGACGCUUGUUAAUAGGGGGAACCUUGAUGGCCAGGAUGGACAACGACAUGUAGUUGUUGCGAGAUUUGCAUAUAAUCAUAUAGGUAGUUUAUAUAUUAUUGAAGCUAUACUUGCAACGUUUUCCAUUGAUUGAGUUUCGUUUGUAUCAUGGUGCUUGGACUACAAGAU